CAAUUUUAAAUUAUUGCACAGCUUUACUUCAUUUAAGUCCUGAACAAGUAAUAGCAAUUUUUAAUAAUAAUUUUAAUGAAUUAAGAAGAUUUUUAUUUGGUUGUAGAGGAGGAUUUGAUGCAAAUAUUAAAAUUAGAAUGGUUUAUGAAAAUCCAUGGAAUAAUUUGUUCCUUUGA